GGCGGCCACCAUGUCUGACCGAAUAUUUCACCGUAUGGAAAAGCGCUUGUCCUGGGACCGUUUGAUUUUCGCAUACCUAACCUUUAUAAUUAAGUAUGAUAUGAAAAACUGAUUUUCAAACCAAUGGCUAGACAUUUUGAAAUAAAAUAAACAGUAUCAUUUGGCCAAUUGGCUUUCCUAAAUUUAGGUUUCUGGCUGUCCUCAACAGUCAACGGAAUGAACUUCUAUUCUCUAUAUAUUCCAUCUUAAAGGGAGAAUGGAGAUGUCUAUGUUCAUUUCAUGUUCUGUCUUCGCAUUUCGUCACUGCUAAGAUCACCAUCGAUCGCAGCAUCUCCAUUCAAGGAUCACUAUACUUUCAAUUCCAAAUUAUCAAUCGCAAAACCGAAAGGCAUAUACAAUUUUCCGGUGAAGAACGCUCAUCAUCGACUAAUGGCUACUGCAGCUUUUGAUAAGAGCGUGCCAGAGAACUUGCUUCCCUCGCUGGAUGCCACUUCUGAGCAGCCUCCUGUCUUCGAUGGAGCCACAAGGCUGUAUACGGCCUACUUAUGUCCAUAUGCACAGCGAGCUUGGAUCACCAGAAACUAUAAGGGGUUACAAGACGACAUCAAACUAGUUCCUCUAGAUCUUCAAAACAGGCCUGCAUGGUAUGGAGAAAAUGUUUACUCUGUCAAUAAGGUACCAGCUUUGGAACACAACGGAAAAAUAAUUGGGGAAAGCCUUGACGUGAUCAAAUACCUCGAUAGCAACUUCGAGGGGCAAAGUCUUCUUCCUGAUGAUCCUGCUAAAAAAGAGUUUGCUGAUCAACUAUUUUCCUACAGUGAUACGUUCAACAAAAAUGUGUUCACUUCAUUUAAGGGAGAUGCAGCAAAAGAAGUUGGUCCUGAAUUUGAUUACUUGGUAAAUGCACUUACUAAAUUCGAUGAUGGGCCAUUCUUGCUCGGCCAAUUCAGUUUGGUUGAUAUAGUCUAUAUUCCAUUUGUUGAAAGAUUCCAAAUCAUAUUAUCAGAGAUUUUCAAAUAUGAUAUAACUGCAGGCAGGCCUAAACUUGCAGCUUGGAUUGAGGAAAUGAACAAAAUUCAGGCCUAUAAGCUGACAAAAAGAGAUCCAAAUGUUUUUGUUGAGAUAUACAAAAAGCUCCUUGGGAUCAGUAACGAAUAAAUGGUCUUGAAAUUGGUUUACAGAGACUGAAUAAGAGACUUCAUUGCUCCGAUGGGAUGUUUCUUUAUUGAAUAAAAUAUUGUGUUUAAAUGUUAGGGAUAGAAUAGAAGUGCUCGUCUUUUUUUGAAUUCUGAAAAUCGUCUUAAUUAUAUUGUGUUUGAAUUGUCUACCAGUGUUUCUUGAGUUAUAAAUAAAGAGCAAACCUUUCUGUUA